UCUGAUUGGCAAGCAUUACUCCGCGUAUGUGUGGAUCUUCCUUCUCUGAAGGAGGACCACACAUUCAUAAUUUCCACUUCAUGGAGCGGAGUCAGCGACACGAAAAAGGCCAUGGAACUAAUGUACCCCAACAAAGGCACAACCGUUGUUGUAUAUUACAACAAAAAGAGUAACUGCAUCCAGCCCUUUGUGUGUCUUUCUUCUAGCAAGAGUAAGGUCAAAACUUUGACAACAUUUGUAGAAGGGCCCACAAAGACAGCCUUCUUCGAAAAGUUAUUUUCCCAGGUCAACAAAAAGGGAAAUAUUCUUGUUCUGCACUGUGGAAAAGGAGAAGCCCUACAAGCAGGACUGAAGAAGGGCUUCAAUGUUGUUGGAGUAGAUGGCAAAAAUGACAUGAUCAGAUCCUGCAACAGACUUCUUUAUUAG